AUGCGUAUUCCUAUCGCCGUGCAGCUUGCGCUGCUGGUACUGAUCACGACUCUUUCAGGCAUCGCUGCCCUCGCGGUUGCAACAUGGAUAACCACGUACGAUUUUGUCGUUGAUGUUGGAUCUCAAGGCCUCCAGCUCGUCGCGACCAUAAAGGCCAGUCAAAUUGCGUCUAAUCUGGACCUGCUUGAAGUUACCUGCAAGACGAUCUCCACGCGAUUAUUGAUACAGUCCGCUCUCAAGCGGUAUUAUGCUGGCAAUGAAUCUUCGGCGAACUGGAAUAACUCGAUAUUGGAUGUGCAGUCGGCGCUUGGAAGCAGAGGCUAUCUUAGCCUUUACCAGGCUACUCUUUACUCAAGAAGUGGAGAUGGCGGAGUAUCACGAUUGCUUAAUAUCACGAGUGACAGUAUCCCAGAUAUAACACUUCCAUAUGGCUACGCAAAUGGAAGCUCAGUCAAACUGGGAUCGGAUGUCUAUCCAUCGAUGCUAUAUCCUAACUUGACAUAUACGCGCUCUUCAGAUGACAACGAUUCGUUUAUUGCACAAGCCUUUCCCGGCUAUUCGCUCGGACAGUCCACAUCCUUGAUGCUGGGUCCACUCCGAAUCAACGACUCAUUCUCGCUGGUUUCCUUAACAGUGCCAAUUGCCAACAAUACGUCGAGCACCGAGAUUCUGGGUUUCAUGACUGUUGUUGCUAGCGCCGCAAACGUACAAGAUGUUGUUGCCUCUCGUGAUGGACUAGGAAACACAGGGCAGGUGCUUCUUCUGGGACCAUCCAGACCGGAGAACACAUUUGCGUCAAAUGCCCAACCUGCAACCGCUACCUCGGCACCUGACACUGCAGCGUUAGCCGAUGCGCGGGUUCAUUAUGUUUUCGAGCCUACUCCACUCCCAGGCCAAGAGAGUCGGCAUAGUAGCGUCACAACCGACACCUCUUUUCCGCUUUCGAGAUACCAGACAGCCUUGGAGAUCAUGCUUGAACCAUAUCGCAAUGAGAACAAAUCGAUCAGCCAUUUGUCUACCAAGAACGAGGAAGGAACAAGAGUCGCAGUGGCCGCAAUACGUCCCCAAACAACUCUGGCACAGUGGAUUUUAAUUGUCGAGGAGACUCAUGCGGAGGCAUUCAGUCCAGUGGUUCAACUACGGAAAAUUAUCCUUGCCUGUGUCUUGGGCACGGCUGGAGCAAUCAUCCUUUUCGUGCCACUGCUCACGCAUUGGGCCGUGGCACCAAUUCGAAGGCUGCGAGAGGCUGCCCAGAAAUCGGUCGUGCAUCAGAUUCCCCGCCCGUCAUAUUCUCGACAAGCGCAGAGAGGAAACAUUUCCGAUGGAAAUACAAUUGGGGAGCAGAGGGAUGAGAAAAGUCUUCCUAAUUUCUGGGUGAAACAUGUUCGACGGCCCUUGGAAAGAUUCAACAGCCCUGGGCACGUUAUUGACCGCAGCGAUCAUGAAAUAUUCCAGAUCCCUGCACGAGUAAAAGAACGAAGAAGCUGCGUGAGUGACGAACUCACAGAGCUUACAAAGACUUUCAACGAAAUGUCAGACGAAUUGACCAUUCAGUAUAAUCGUCUGGAAGAACGAGUUGUAGAGCGAACUCGGGAGCUCGAAAAGGCCAAAAUGGCUGCCGAAACAGCAAAUGAGAGCAAGACCUUGUUCAUUGCUAACAUAUCUCACGAGUUGAAGACGCCGCUGAAUGGUAUCUUGGGAAUGUGUGCGGUGUGCAUGGGAGAGGAAGACCUGUCUCGAAUCAAGAAGUCGCUCCGGGUGGUCUAUCAAUCUGGCGACCUUCUUCUACAUUUAUUGAAUGACCUAUUGACGUUCAGCAAAAAUCAAAUCGAGCAGGCGAUCCAACUUGAAGAGAAGGAAUUCAGAAUUUCCGAUAUCCGAUCUCAACUGAUCACUAUCUUUCAAAAUCAGGUUCAUGAAAAAGGAAUCAGCUUCAGUGUUGAUUGCUUUUCGGGCGAAGAGAUUCAGACCCGCAAACCGAAUGGGUGUCACGACAAAAGCCAUGUGAAAUCUCGGUUGAGCUUUGAUACAGCGCAAACGACGAAGCUUAUGGAUAUGGUCCUCUGGGGUGACCAGCAUCGAAUCCUUCAAGUCCUGAUCAACCUAGUCAGCAAUAGCCUCAAAUUCACGCCCGAAAAUGGAAGGGUUGAGGUUCGUAUUCGGUGCGUGGGUGAGGCAUCACCCCCCGAAGACGCCGAGUUUCGCAAGGGAAGUUUCAGAGGAAGUGCCCGCUUUCGAUCCGAAGUCUCCUCGAUACGAAGAAACUCCUCAGAAAAGGUCGGCGCUCUUGUUGAGACCCUGGACGAGGAGCAGCUGUCCGCAGAGGCUAGUCCUCUGUUGAUAUUCCUAUUCGAAGUAGAGGAUAAUGGGCCGGGCAUUCCUGCACAGCUUCAUAGACGCGUAUUCGACCCAUUUGUUCAAGGGGACUUGGGAUUGAACCGCAAGUAUGGAGGAACGGGACUCGGAUUGAGUAUCUGCGCUCAACUGUCCCGAAUAUUGGGCGGGGUGAUUCUCCUAGACAGUGAGGAGGGGCGAGGAUCCACCUUUACCUUGAGAAUUCCGCUCAAGUUUGUGAAGGAGUUCGCCCCAAGUACCCACAAUUCCAGCACUCCUGGGUCACGGACUCCCAGUGUGCUCUCUCUAGAAGACUUUUCCAAUACUGCACGAGCACCUUCAACUCACGGCUCUCCAAGAAAUGAGCCUCUUGCUCCAGGAUUCGAGAAAUCUGAUAUUCAACCACGACUAGUUGGCCUCAGUCAGCCCUUUUUCACGCCAACUGUCCCAUCAUCCACCCCAUCAUCUCCAUCAAGGAAUUCUCAUUCAAACCACAGCACAAUUGAAAAGGAUGAAGGUUUGAAGAAGAAACGUGUCUUGGUGGCGGAGGAUAAUACUGUCAACCAAGAAGUUGUGAGACGUAUGCUGGCCCUCGAAGAAGUCUAUGAUGUGACAAUGGUCAAGGACGGGCAAGAAGCGUUCGAUACAGUGAAAUCCAAUAUGGAAACGGGCAAGGUGUUUGAUCUUAUCUUCAUGGAUAUACAGAUGCCGAAUCUUGACGGGCUUCAAAGCACUCGGCUCAUUCGGGAAAUGGGAUACUCUGCGCCGAUUGUGGCAUUGAGCGCCUUUGCGGAAGAAAGCAACAUAAAAGACUGCAUGGAUUGCGGAAUGGAUAUGUUCAUGAGUAAACCGAUUCGACGACCCGUGCUGAAGCAAGUCCUUCACAAAUUUGCAACCAUUCCCGAGGAAGCUGAGACCGGCCCUACCCAAUAA